AUGGCAGAGGUUGGUGUUUCAGUGGAUCAGUUCAGCUGUCCAGUGUGUCUGGAUCUCCUGAUGGAUCCUGUAGCUAUUCCCUGUGGACACAGUUACUGUAAGGUGUGUAUUAAUGGCUGCUGGGAUCAGGAGGAUGUGAAGGGCGUCUACAGCUGCCCACAGUGCAGAGUGACUUUCACCCCAAGGCCUGUUCUGUGCAGGAACAACAUGCUGGCUGAAGUGGUGGAGAAACUGAAGAAGACUGAACUCCAAGCUGCUUCUCCUGCUCACUGUUACGCUGGACCUGGAGAUGUGGAGUGUGAUUCCUGCACUGGGAGAAAAUACAAAGCUGUCAAGUCCUGUCUGGUGUGUCAGGCCUCCUAUUGUGAAGCUCAUCUUAAACCUCACUAUCAGUCUCCUGCCUUUAAGAAGCACAAGUUAGUUGAAGCCUGUGCAGAGCUCCAAGAGAAGAUCUGCUCUGAACACGACAAACUGAUCGAGAUCUUCUGUCGUACUGACCAAAGCUUCAUCUGUUAUUUGUGUACAAUGGAUCAGCACAGAGGCCAUGAUACCGUUGCAGCUAAAGCAGAAAGAAAUGAAAAACAGAAUGAGCUAAAGGAGGAGCAGAUGAAAUCCCAGCAGAGGAUCCAGGAGAAGCAGGAGGAGGUGCAGGAGCUGAAACAGGCUGUGGACACUAUUAAGAAGCGGUACCAGGCAGCAGUAGAUGACAGUGAGAGGAUCUUUACUGAGAUGAUCAGCUCCAUGGAGAAAAAGCGCUCGGAGGUGACGGAGCUGAUCAGAGCUCAGGAGAAAGCUGAACUGAGUCGAGCUGAACGACUCCUGAAGCAACUGGAGCAGGAGAUUGCUGAUCUUCAGAGGAGAGUCACUGAGCUGGAGCAGCUUUCACACACACACGAUCACAUCCACUUCCUCCAGAGUUUCCCGUCUCUCUGUGUUUCUCCUGGAUGUGACGACUCACCCAGCUUCACUGUCAAUCAACAUCUCUCAUUUGAUGGAGUGAGGAAAUCUCUCUCAGAUCUGAAAAAACAAGUUAAGAAAAUCUGUGAGGAGGAAUUCAAUGUAAUCCAUCCACAAGCUGCAGCAGUUCACAUGAUUUUACCCUCAAAACCAAAGAGCAGAGAAGAUUUCCUGCAGUAUUUCUGUUAUCUGACUCUGGAUCCAAACACAGUAAAUCCUAACCUCAUUCUGUCUGAGAAGAACAGAGCGGUGACACACAGUGAGACAGAACAGAGAUACUCUGAUCAUCCAGAGAGAUUUGACUCCUGGCCUCAGGUGUUGUGUAAGGAGAGUGUGUGUGGACGCUGUUACUGGGAGGUGGAGUGGAGGGGUGCUGUGGAAAUAUCAGUCUCAUAUAAAGAGAUCAGCAGGAAAGGAGGGGGUAAUGAGUGUGGGUUUGGAUACAACAGUCAGUCCUGGAGUCUGUGGUGUUUUUAUUCCUCUGUCUGUUUCCGACACAACAACAUUCAGACUGAUCUCCGAGGUCCAGCAUCCUCCAGAAUAGGAGUGUAUGUGGAUCACAGUGCAGGAACUCUGUCCUUCUACAGCGUCUCUGACCCGAUGAGGCUCCUCCACAGAGUCCACACCACAUUCACUCAGCCUCUAUACGCUGGGGUCGGGAUUGGUUUUGUCUCAUCUGUGAGGUUUUGUCCGAAUUCAAAGGCGAAAGCGGCCACCGAAGCGUCAUUCCGGGUGAGUCACUCCAUCAUCAAACACAAAAAGUCUUUCCAAGAUGGAGAGGUGAUGAAAGAGGCAUUCCUUGAGGCAGCGGACCCACUUUUUCGUGACUUCAAGAACAAAGCCGACAUACUCGCUUCAAUCAAGGCAAUACAGUUGUCUAGAAACUCAGUUACAAGGCGCUCUGAAAUGAUGUGCGAGAAUCUGACAGAGCAGCUUCAGAAGGAUAUUGCGAACUGUGAGUGUUUCUCACUGCAGUUAGACGAGUCAACAGACAUCGGUGACACUGCGCAAUUGUGCCUGUACAUUCGCAUGGUUUUCUCAGAUAUGACGGCAAAAGAGGAGCUUUUGACGAUCCUGCCCAUGAAGGAACACACAAGGGGAGAGGACAUUUUCAAGACCUUCAUGGACUUUGCGGAGAAAGCCCAACUCCCGUUGUGUAAACUCGUGUCAGUCACAACAGACGGUGCGCCUGCCAUAGUGGGCCGUGCCAAUGGAUUCAUUGCAAAAUGCAGAGAGCACGACGCAUUCCCAAACUUCCUGAACUACCACUGCAUAAUUAACCAGCAGGCAUUGUGCGCAAAAAUGCUGAACAUGAACGAAAUCAUGGAUGUGACUACCAAGAUAGCCUGUUCAAUUCGAGCGAGGUCCCUCCAAAGACGGCUGUUCCGUGCGCAAUUGGAGGAGGCUGACUGUGAGUACUCUGACCUCUUACUGCACACGGACGUGAGAUGGCUUAGCAGGGGCAAAUUUUUGCAGCAGUUUCGAGACCUCUGUCUGGAGAUCAGGCAGUUUUUUCUGGACAGUAAGCAGCUAGAACACAAACAGCUUAAUGAUAGCCAGUGGCUGCUCGACUUGGAGUUUUUAACAGACCUGACAAACAUGCUGAACGAUCUUAAUUUGGAGUUGCAAGAACCAGGAAGUCCAUUUCAGGAAAGAGGAGGGAAGAGAUCUGAAGGGGUCGGGAUCAUGGCAUGCGGCUGGAUUGUGAAUGGACAGAGGAUGGCAGGAGGAAGUGACGGCUCAGGAAGUGAGCUGGGAGGAAUGGAUGAGGGCGGCGGGAAAGACGAAGAACACAAACAGGAAGUUCAUUUCAGAGAAAACGAAACUCAGCAGAAAGUUCAGAGUCUUUCUCUCUCUCAGUACAGGAAAAUGGCAGAGGCUGGUGUUUCAGUAGAUCAUUUUUCACUUGAUCGGUUCAGCUGUCCAGUGUGUCUGGAUCUCCUGAAGGAUCCUGUGACUAUUCACUGUGGACACAGUUACUGUAAGGUGUGUAUUAAUGGCUGCUGGGAUCAGGAGGAUGUGAAGGGCGUCUACAGCUGCCCCCAGUGCAGAGUGACUUUCACCCCAAGGCCUGUUCUGUGCAGGAACAACAUGCUGGCUGAAGUGGUGGAGAAACUGAAGAAGACUGAACUCCAAGCUGCUUCUCCUGCUCACUGUUACGCUGGACCUGGAGAUGUGGAGUGUGAUUCCUGCACUGGGAGAAAAUACAAAGCCGUCAAGUCCUGUCUGGUGUGUCAGGCCUCCUAUUGUGAAGCUCAUCUUAAACCUCACUAUCAGUCUCCUGCCUUUAAGAAGCACAAGUUAGUUGAAGCCUGUGCAGAGCUCCAAGAGAAGAUCUGCUCUGAACACGACAAACUGAUCGAGAUCUUCUGUCGUACUGACCAAAGCUUCAUCUGUUAUUUGUGUACAAUGGAUCAGCACAGAGGCCAUGAUACCGUUGCAGCUAAAGCAGAAAGAAAUGAAAAACAGAAUGAGCUAAAGGAGGAGCAGAUGAAAUCCCAGCAGAGGAUCCAGGAGAAGCAGAAGGAGGUGCAGGAGCUGAAACAGGCUGUGGACACUAUUAAGAAGCGUUCACAGGCAGCAGUAGAUGACAGUGAGAGGAUCUUUACUGAGAUGAUCAGCUCCAUGGAGAAAAAGCGCUCGGAGGUGACGGAGCUGAUCAGAGCUCAGGAGAAAGCUGAACUGAGUCGAGCUGAGCGACUCCUGAAGCAACUGGAGCAGGAGAUUGCUGAUCUUCAGAGGAGAGUCACUGAGCUGGAGCAGCUUUCACACGCACACGAUCACAUCCACUUCCUCCAGAGUUUCCCGUCUCUCUGUGUUUCUCCUGGAUGUGACGACUCACCCAGCUUCACUGUCAAUCAACAUCUCUCAUUUGAUGGAGUGAGGAAAUCUCUCUCAGAUCUGAAAACACGAGUCGAGGAAAUCUGUGAGGAGGAAUUCAAUGUAAUCCAUCCACAAGCUGCAGUUCACAUGAUUUUACCCUCAAAACCAAAGAGCAGAGAAGACUUCCUGCAGUAUUUCUGUUAUCUGACUCUGGAUCCAAACACAGUAAAUCCUAAACUCAUUCUGUCUGAGAAGAACAGAGCGGUGACACGCAGUGAGACAGAACAGAGAUACUCUGAUCAUCCAGAGAGAUUUGACUCCUGGCGGCAGGUGUUGUGUAAGGAGAGUGUGUGUGGACGCUGUUACUGGGAGGUGGAGUGGAGGGGUCGUGUGGAAAUAUCAGUCUCAUAUAAGGAGAUCAGCAGGAAAGGAGCGGGUAAUGAGUGUGCGUUUGGAUACAGCAGUCAGUCCUGGAGUCUGUGGUGUUUUUAUUCCUCUGUCUGUUUCCGACACAACAACAUUCAGACUGAUCUCCGAGGUCCAGCAUCCUCCAGAAUAGGAGUGUAUGUGGAUCACAGUGCAGGAACUCUGUCCUUCUACAGCGUCUCUGACCCGAUGAGGCUCCUCCACAGAGUCCACACCACAUUCACUCAGCCUCUAUACGCUGGGGUCUGGAUUGGUUCUGACUCAUCUGUGAGGUUUUGUGAUCCGAUGAAAAAAUGAAAUGUUGGUAAAAGUUGAAAUGUUGAGUAAAAUUAUA